ACAAAACUACUGAACAACAUCGGAGCGGUGCAGCGGCUCUUGGCCUUUCAGUUACUUCGUCAGAGGCUUGUUGGGUUUUUCUAGAAGCCAGACAUUUAACUUAAAAGACAUUUCUGUCAAAAUGAACGUGGGUGUUGCACAUAGUGAAGUGAACCCCAAUACGAGGGUAAUGAACAGUCGAGGAAUCUGGCUGACGUAUGCGCUUGGUGUUGGCAUGCUUCAUAUUGUGUUACUCAGCAUUCCUUUCUUCAGUGUUCCAGUUGUGUGGACCUUAACAAACGUUAUACACAAUUUGGGGAUGUAUGUAUUUUUACAUGCAGUAAAAGGGACCCCAUUUGAAACACCAGAUCAGGGUAAAGCCAGAUUACUCACACACUGGGAGCAGCUGGAUUACGGAGUACAGUUUACUUCUUCACGGAAGUUCUUCACUAUCUCACCAAUAAUAUUGUAUUUUCUGGCAAGCUUCUACACAAAGUAUGACCCAGCACACUUUAUCAUAAAUACUGCCUCUCUUUUGAGUGUGCUGAUCCCUAAACUGCCACAACUCCAUGGAGUCCGGAUCUUUGGCAUCAACAAAUAUUAAACUGGGAUACCUCAAAGCUGCAGUCUUAUGAUCAAUUCUCCAACAAGCAAAUUGCUUUUUACGUGGUGAAAUGAAUUGGUAAUCUGCUGUACUUUGUACCCUGAUAGUGUGUACUAAUCAGUUUGUACAGUAAGUGUCCAAUUGCCACUUUCAUUGUUUAUAUACAUUUGGGAAAACCAUGUCAGGAUUGUGUAAGAGGAGAAUGCAAAGUACAUUUACUAACAUAAAUAAACUGUUUAACGUUGGUUUUCUUCAAAGAACUGGGCAGGCCCAGUUCCAGCACUUGAAGCAUUUUCAAUAAGCUUAGUGAGUAGUUUUGAUGCACGUCAUUCUGUAAAAAGAAUGGCACAACUGAAAGGAGGAGAGUACAUAAAGAUCCAUCAUUUAUACAGGUGUUCUGGCCAAAAAAAUAAGUCAACUGUAUUUUUCAGAUUAGCUGUACCUGUGAUUAAGGGCCUAUUCAAUUUCAGAUGAUGUAUUUUCCUAAUUGAAUGUGCUUUAUUAGGAUGUAACAAUGUUUAAACUGUUGAAGAAAAAAAAUAACCUUGUUUUGUAUGGUGUAUCAUUGGCAAAUUGAAUCAACUUGGAUAUGGGACUGACUCAUAAUCUGAAAGGAUUUUGCUUUUCUAUGUAACAUCAUAUGCAUCUUGUUAGAUAGUAUCAUAAUGUGUACGAUUUAAAGGUUUCAAUUCAAAAGGCGAAAGUAUAAAAUGGUAAGGAUUUAGUGAGUCUUGCAUAAGUAUUUAAGUUCAUGCAGAGGAACUAGUUUACAGAGACAUGUCUACAGUAUGAUUUAUGUACUGAAACGUCAUAUAGCUGUACUUGUAUAGGACAUGUUGUGGAUAAAUGUUUUUUGUUAUUGCUGAGACAGCUAGUCUGUCUCGGUCUCUGCUCAUCUGUGAUUCUUUUUAGCUUUUAAACAAACCAUUUACCUUUGACAAUAAAAAUAAUUUGUGUCCUA